AUGCCCUGGGAGACCUUGGGUGCACCGAGUGCCAUUUUCGAGCUCCCGGGAAACAAGGAAUGUGCGGACUGCAAAGCUUACGGUCCGAACUGGGCAUCAUGGAAUCUCGGGAUCCUGGUUUGCACAACCUGCUCCGGAGUGCAUCGACACCUCGGGGUUCACAUCUCGAAGGUCAAAUCUGCUACCAUGGACAAAUGGAAGGAGGAGCAGGCCCUCCCGUGCCUCACCAUCGGCAACGAGCGCUCCAACGCCUACUACGAGUACAAUGUCCCGGCCGGUGCCAAAUACAUCUGCAAGUCGCAAGCCGCCGCAGGCGACAAGAUCGACCCAGUGGAGGCCCGGAAGAUGGAGCGCUGGAUCCGUGCGAAGUACGAGACCAAGAAGUAUGCGCAACCCGGUGUCGAUCCGCCACAUGUCCGUUUGGCUCGAGGCGAGUCGUUGACCGGCGGCGCUGAGACCCAGGCAAAGCCGGAGAAGACCGAGGAGGUGGACGCAUCUCCUCUGAGCGAGAAGAGCGACAAGGAUAGAAAGGACAAAAAAGAGAAGAAGGAGAAGAAGGACAGCAGGAAGGAAGUCAAGGAAGGGAAGAAGGAUAAGAAGGACAAAAAGAAGAACGCAGAGGAGUCGCCUUCCAAAAGCUCGCCAAAGAAAGAGAGCAAAGGCAAAAGCCACGAAGCCUUUGUGGAAGCGGAGGCCUCCUUCGCGGCUUUGGGAAGCUGGGCGGCAGAUGCCUCGGCCAGCGCCUCGCCGGAGCGGAAGGAGAGAAAGAAGAGUCGAAAGAAGCGGCUGGCUUCCUCCACAGCUGAGGACGCUGGAUUCAACACGGGUGAAGGUUCUCCGUUCUCUCCUUCUCCCGUGACAUCGCCGGAGCAUCAAGCGCAUCCUGAUGGAGCUUUCGGUGGAGCCGGUUAUGAUGCGCAGACCUCUGGUUAUGCCGGCUACGACUUGGGACAAACUUCUCAAGGGUACCCCAAUGGCCAUACGGCAGCGUGGGCUGAUUCGGGCGUUUCCCAGAUGGAGCCUUCGCCGGAGGCCGCAGACACGUCCUCCGAGCGCCGCGCGGCGCUGCAGACUUUGGCAGGCCUCUUCGUGCAGCCGGAAAGCUUCGUCCCAGGAGGUGUAGAGCUCUGUGCUCCGCACGGCUUUGACCUCCAGGCCGCGGAAUUCAACCCUUUCGCGUUGGCUCGGCCACGCCAUGGGGCAGGGGCCGGGCCAGGGCCAGCAGCAGGCUGGCUGCAUCCAAGCGAACCAGGAGGCUUCGGCACAGCGGACAUCUCGGCCGUGUCAGGCUGGAACGGCUCCUUGCCGACGGCAAGGACGGCAGCCGGUGAAAGCGCUGAGAAGGCCGCCAACACCCUGUUUGCGCGGCUGGCGUCACUUCGCAGCGUGUGUACCUGUCAGGACGGAGGACGGGAGGAGAUCGAGCGCCUUCAGGCAGCCCUGAGAGCCGCGCGUGUUGCAGGGGUGACUUCCCAAGCUGCGGCCACUGCGAUAUACAAGGCGGAGCUGGGCAAUCUGCGCGAGAUGAUGGCCGAGCUUCGUAAGGUGCGCAGAGAGACGGCGAGCGAAGGGACCGCCGAAGCUGCCUUUUUGAGUUUUGAGGACCAGCAGCAAGUCAAAGAACACCAGGCGCAACCCGCUGCCUCGGGGUGUAUGUAG